AUGACUUCUUCAUCCGCGGCUCAGGGAACAGGGCACACGCACUACGCGAUCCUGGGUAUAAGUCGCAAACUCGUGCAGGAACAGUCACCUACGGCGGGGCCGCAGCAAAUCAUCAAACGGGCCUACCACCGCGCCCUCCUCCAAAACCACCCGGACAAAUACCCACAAUUCAAGAGUACUCCUCCCUCCAGUACAACCACCCGAGCACUCUCUUCUUCUGCUACUGCCGCCACCUUUUCAAUCGACCAGAUCUCAUCAGCUUACAAGGUCCUCUCGGACCCCAAGCAGAGGGCUGAAUACGACCGCGCUCUAGACCUGGCACCAAAUAAUCAAGGUCUCCAGCGCGGCGACGGCGACGAGGAAAAAGCUUUCCAGACGGGCAUCGAGGUCGUCGAUCUUGACGACCUGGAAGUCGAGGAGCCUCCGUCAGACGAUCCCGAGGCCGAGUGCUCUUGGUACCGUAGCUGCCGGUGCGGCAACCCACGCGGUUUCUUUUUUACGGAGGCGGACCUGGAAGAGGCGGGUGAGAACGGGGAGCUGCUCGUCGGUUGUCAAGAUUGUAGUCUUUGGAUGAAGGUACAUUUUGCUGUUGUCUCGGAUGAUUGA